AAUCAAAUGAAAUAUUAAUUAUAAUCCGAUCAAAUAUUCUGUUAAUAAUAUAUUUCCAGUUUCAGUUUACUUUCCUGGAGGAACGUAGAUCAGAUCACAGUUACUUGAACGUGCCAAAGUCAAAUCUAAUGGACCCACCAAAAUAAAGCUGCACAUUCCCCAUUGAGAGAGCCCAUUUUUUAUUUUUCUACUGUGAGGUUUCGGACUCCUCUCUCUCUCUCUCUCUCUCUCUCUCGCCCAACUCUUCAUAUUCAUUUUUCAUGAAAAGAAAUAGAAGUAGAAAACUUACAAUUGCUUCUGGAAAAAUGGUGCUUAUUUGAAGAUCUGUUAAUGGUACCUUAGGUUUUAUUAAGAAACAGUUACCUAGAUUUAAAUUUUGGGACUUUUGGUUGUUGCUCAUCAUUUCGUGUUUGGAGAUCUCAGUAUCAAUUUGUAAGGGGUUGAAAGAACUAAUUUUUAGUCUCUUCAAUGACCACAUAUUCAUUGUCAAAUGGAUCAAGAAUUUCGAUUUCUAUGUCAAGCACAAGCCAGGAGAUUAUUUUUUCUGAUGGCAACCACCAUUGUUUUGGUUAUAUCAAUUCAAUACUUUGAAUUCCCUUCUAGAAGAGUUCUAUCGCUAUUUUCUAUUGGAAAUAGCAGCAGCUUUUUUCCAAAUGGAUCGCCAUCAAAUUCUGAAAUUCUAGGUAAAGUACUAGUUUCUAAUGGUGCAAAUUCAACCAUUGCAAGUGCACCUCAUGAGACAACAAGUAGCAGUCAGGCAACAUUUGCCAAGAAAGAAACUGCAGAAGGGAAUGGAUCCAAGGAGAUGGAGGGGAGCGCAAAGAGUAAUUAUGUAUUGGAAAGAAAUGAAAGCUCAAUUAACACUUUAGGAGUGGCUACUAAUGAAACUAUGUUAGAGAAAAGUAAAACUUCAGUCAAUGGCUCAGAACUAGAGAUGGCUAUGGCACCCGACAUUUCUGUCAUGAAUCUUACUGAAGUCAUUGCUUCAGUAUCAGAAAAAAAUAGAAGUUCAGAUACAACAGCAACGCUUAGCAAAACAGAAAAUUCUGGAUCAUUGCAAAGUAAUUAUUCUAUGUCUGGCAGCAGUUCAUACAAAUCUAAAGCUUCUGGUAGGAAGAAGUCCAAGAAACCAUCCAGAGUAGUAUCAAUAUCGCAGAUGCAUGAUUUGCUGCUGCAGAGUCAUGCUUCAUCCUAUUCAUUGAGGCCACAGCAUCUCUCGGAGGUUGACCAACAAGUGCUACUUGCAAAAUCACAGAUUCAGAAUGCACCUGGCAUAAAGAAUGAUACUAUACUUUAUGCUCCUAUAUAUCGCAAUGCUUCAAUGUUCAAAAGGCACCAGCUGAAACGAGGGGACGGAUGCUUAAUUCCGUAAGAGCUCUUUGCAAUGCUGAUAUUGAAGUAGGCUUUAGCAUAGGCAAGGAUGUGUCUCUUCCAGAAACAUACGUACGAUCAGCACAAAAUCCUCUCA